AUGAUGAACAUGCUGUGUGGAUCACGCUAUCCAGCUGGCAUGGGAGCGAGGUCGCUCACGGAGCACGUUCAGCUCGCGUAUAUGCAAAAUGAUCUCGCAGUCAUCGACACUCCUGGUUUCUUUUCGUCAACGGAUGUGGCUGGCCAUGUGGGUGCACAAAAGGUCGCCUUGGAGGAACUUCCUGUGUCUGGUAUGUUUUUGGUUGUCAAGUACGGUCGGGCAGACGAUAUCGCAGAGUUGGCCGACACAAUCAUGAACGUUCUUGGAUGCGACGACAUUCGAAUUGCAAUCACUCAUCAAGAUGUCGCGGCGUGCCAGGAAGGAUAUGACCCAGAAGGACUCCGUCGAGAGCUUUCCUCCACGUUGGACAUCAGCGAAGACAAGAUUUUCUCGUUUGGAGAGACAACACCACCUGCGGUUGUGAAGGCGUUCAUUCAACGAACUCUCCACGAGCCACGAUGUGUCAAGUUGAAUGGCGUACAGAUGGCUAAAGUCGCUGCUUUGGGUGUUGGUUCUCGGCGGAUGAACAAACCUCUGAACGCAGUGUUCGCCAAGAUUCUUGCUGCAGAGGUUGCUUGUCGCGAAGCUGUUUCCCAAGGCCGAUGCUAUGAAAGUGACUUCCUCAUCACGACUGUACAGCACGCCACCACGGAGAUGGUCAGCACCUCGAAGCAAGAUUUGUUCCGAGCUCUUGAUGAGUACCAGGAAGAGCAGCAAAACCUCCUGUACGGAAAAGCUGGGGUCAAUCUCAGCCUCCGCCUAAAAGAAUUCACGGAGACGACAAACAAGCUUCUUUCUUACGAUGUAGCCGACAUGUCCAAUCCAAACAAUGUUUGCAAGAAGUGUAACCAUUGUGGAGCCGUCUGGGUCAAAACUGAGGGAUGUGAUGGAGACACUUUUUGUGGAGAAGUUCCGAGCGCUAAACGGGCGGCACCUUUGCUCUUGGAAACAGAGUUCGUGGAGGAGGAUGGCGGACGCUGGGCUCUCUUGUUUCGCCAUGGUCCAAGCCGGUUUCAUGGCUCCGCUAGGGCGACCCGCAGCUGGUUUCAAACGUUGAAUCCCUUCAAACAAGCCGCAACUGUUGGCAAGGGUUCUGGUUCACGUCAUCAGAAGCGAUCAGGUGCCACCAUUGAAUCAGGCUGCGGCGCCGCAAUCUGUUGGUCAACGAUGUUGCCAGUUCCACCUGAAGAUCUUGGAGGCUUGAAGAAGGUGGAAGUCUUGAAGGAGUGUUUUUCGGAGGAGAAUGCCAAGGUCAGAUUUGAAAAUAAGGUUCGCACGAAGGAGAUUGAAAACAAGAGGAUCCUUCUUCGUGCCAUUGAAAAUUCGAAUUGA